AUGUCUACCGAUCCUGACAUUCAAUAUGGGCUCCUGGCGGCAGAACUAGCCAGCCCUGGUCUAGUUGUCGACUUGGUACUGCGGGUAUCACUAGCCACCGUGGCUAUCAUCGCAACGUGGGUGCCCUUUCGCCUGCUAUGGAGGAGCGGCGAGUUUGCCGCGGCCCUUCUCGCCGCAAAUAUCAUCAUUACGAAUUUUAUCACCAUCAUUCAGGCCCUCAUCUGGCGUGACGAUGCAGCACUAGACGGCUACAGAGGCCAAGGAUGGUGUGAUGUGCAGGCCUACAUCAACAUACCGCUCAGCACCAUGUAUGCCACCAGCAUCUUUGCUGUGAUCCAGCAUGUCUCGGCCCAGGUCAGCCUCAGACGGGCUACGGGCCUAUCUCGCGCUGAGAAGAGGCGGAGGAACUUGAUCCAGGCCCUCAUCAUAUUUCCGGUGCCCAUCAUCCAGGUUGCACUGAGCUACCCAGUUCACGCAUACCGCUACAGCAUAACAACGCUGCAAGGGUGCGAUGGUGGCUUUGAGGGGAACCUGCUCACAUUCUUCUUUUUCCUUCUACCGAUCCCAGUCUAUGUCAUCGGUGCUAGCAUCUAUGCCAUCAUCACCCACUUUCAGUUCCGCAAGCUCUCAACAGGAAGCUCGGUCAUACAACAAAACAACAGUGGUGCGGCAGCCAGGAGCAACCGGGCCAGGCGCAAGCUCUACCUCAUGACUGUCUCGAUAGUAGCGCCGUACCUCCCCAUACAAAUUGCCUUUCUCGUCAUCAACCUCAUGAACACCCAGGGUUGGUUUCGGCUUUAUAGCUGGGAAGAUUUCCAGAGCCAGCCUACUUUGAACGGCAUCAUGCGCGUCCCGAGCUGGGAGGCGAGCUGGAUAUCCAUGCGAGUCUGCUACAUCGCCAUACUCUCAGCCAUCCCCAUCUUCGUCUUCUUCGGGACGACAAAGGACGCCGUGAACACAUGGAGAGGAUACUGCCUGGCGCUGGGCCUCGGCAAGAUCUUCCCAAGGCUCAAAGAGGAGUACGACCCUGACCGUCCACGCGGCACACAAAACACCAACACGCUCCAGUCCUGGGGCACUGGUUCUAUUGUGUCAGCAACGGACCGCAAGGCCUCUGUAGCAAGGGAUGGGCCACACUCCCCUUCCGGCUCGGACCACUUUGAGGAGAUCCAACUUCCCAACAUCGAUACUGUCGCGAUCGCCCACGCGCAACCCGCUCAACUUCGGCCGUAUCAUGGCAGCGACGGUAGUGGCAACGGCAUCGGCGAUGAAGAAAGCAGUCAGGGGCGCGAUACGUUCUCGCUCAAAAAGAUGCCAGUCCCUAUCCCCCGCAUCGGCCGCUGGUCCAGCCGGUCCAAGCCUCGGGCUUCGGAUGACGAUACAGCGCCACUAGGCGGCUCUGCCGCCCGUCGCGUUUCACCGUCUUCAAAUAGGUCGCGGGAGACGGAACGUUUGGAAGCCCCGGGAGGCUGGGAGCCUAGUCCUUCGAGCUCGAUGGUCGAGACUAGAGUGUGGUCGGAUGACUUGGAGAGCGGGCUGGAUGCCAGCAGAGGACGCGAGAGAAGAGAGCCGUCGCCACAUGAGGUCCUGGUCAAGACACAUAUAGCCACAUGCUCUACGUCACAAACUCCCGCCGUGUGAGAGAAUAAUCUCGGCGAGGGAUAUCAUUCCCUGAUUAUCUCGACUGGUUUACGGUUUACCUUGUUGCGAGUACACUUGAUAUCAACAUUCAAGAUACACAGGAUGUCUUAUUUAAACAUCUCGCAAAUAUUGAUAGCUCAUGAGCAUGGCCCUAGCAGCGACUAAUUGUAGUCCAUAAGUCUACUUCUGCCCCUAUCGCGCACGCUAUA